CGGGGAGGGCUCCCCGGAGCCUCCUAGUCUCUUGAUCAAAGCAUUCCGCUAUUCUGAUUUAUUGCCUGCUUGGUGAGUUAUUUUUUUUUUUUUCCCCCUCUAAAGGAGACCUGUGUGUUCAGCCAUUACUUUGCUCGGCGCUGCUCACAGGAAUCUCCGACCCUCGGUGCUGUGGGCAGCCCCGCACUUGGGCUCCUCGCCUCUCGCCCUCGCUCCCGUCCCUCCUCCCUCUCUCCGCCCCUUCCCCCUUUUCUUUCUCCGCUCUUUCUUCCCCUCUCUCCCUUCUUUCGGCCGCCGUCUCCCCCGCGCCCUCCUCGGGGCGGAGGGAAGCCGAGAAGGGGGAGGGAGGGAUUGGUGUCAAUUUUUUUGUGCGGCCGUGGCCGGAGCCUGUGGCGGGCAGGCGGCGAGCGGGGAGACCCCGGCGAAGCAGAGCCAUGGAUGGCCCGACGCGGGGCCAUGGACUCCGCAAAAAGCGGCGGUCGCGGUCUCAGCGAGACCGGGAGAGGCGCUCCCGGGGCGGACUGGGGGCCGGCGCGGCCGGCGGCGGCGGGGCCGGCCGGACCCGGGCGCCCUCGUUCGCCUCGUCGUCGGGCUCCGACAAGGAAGACAAUGGGAAGCCCCCGUCCUCCGCCCCGUCCCGGCCCAGACCCCCGCGGAGGAAGCGGAGAGAGUCCACCUCAGCCGAAGAGGACAUCAUUGAUGGAUUUGCCAUGACCAGCUUUGUCACUUUUGAAGCGCUGGAGAAAGAUGUAGCACUUAAGCCUCAGGAACGCGUGGAGAAACGCCAGACCCCUCUGACCAAGAAGAAACGGGAAGCACUUACCAACGGCUUGUCCUUUCACUCCAAGAAGAGCAGACUCAGUCACCCACACCACUACAGCUCAGACCGGGAAAAUGACCGCAACCUCUGCCAGCACCUCGGGAAGAGAAAGAAAAUGCCGAAGGGACUCAGACAGCUCAAGCCAGGGCAGAACAGCUGCAGGGACAGUGACAGUGAAAGUGCCAGUGGAGAAUCCAAGGGCUUCCACAGGAGCAGCUCUCGGGAAAGGCUCAGCGAUAGUUCAGCUCCUUCCAGCUUGGGAACAGGCUACUUCUGUGACAGCGAUAGUGACCAGGAAGAGAAGGCCUCAGAUGCCAGCUCUGAAAAACUCUUCAAUACUGUUAUUGUAAACAAAGAUCCGGAGCUCGGUGUCGGCGCCCUACCCCAACACGACGGCCGCGAUGCGGGGCCCAUUGUCCCCAAGAUUUCGGGUCUAGAGAGGAGCCAGGAGAAGAGCCAGGACUGCGGCAAAGAGCCCAUCUUUGAGCCCGUGGUGCUGAAGGACCCCCGCCCUCAGGUCCCGCCGCCGCCGCCCCAGCCCCAGGCGGAGCCCCCGCCCCGAGCACCUUCUCCGGACCCCGCCUCGGGGCCGCGCGCCGAGCCCCCGCCGCCGCCCCCCCCGCGCCCCGGCGCCCAGCCUCCGCCCGCGCCCCCGGAGGCCCCGCCGCAGCCCGCGCCGCCGCCGCCGCCGCCGCCGCCGCCGGCGCCCCGGCCGCCCCGGCCGCAGUCCCCGGGGCCGCUGCCGCCCCAGGCCCUCCCGCCCGCGCCGGCCCACCCCUCCGCCCAGAGCCUCCCCCAGCCGCUGUCCGCCUACAACAGCAGCAGCCUGAGCCUCAACAGCCUCAGCAGUAGCAGGAGCAGCACUCCAGCGAAGACUCAGCCUGCCCCCCCCCACGUCUCCCACCACCCCUCAGCCUCCCCGUUCCCCCUGUCACUGCCCAACCACAGCCCCCUGCACAGCUUCACGCCCACCCUCCAGCCCCCCGCACACUCACAUCACCCCAAUAUGUUUGCCCCUCCCACUGCCUUGCCUCCUCCACCACCUCUGACAUCAGGGAGUCUGCAGGUGCCCGGACACCCGGCCGGGAGCACUUACUCAGAGCAAGACAUCUUGCGACAGGAACUGAACACACGUUUUUUGGCCUCCCAGAGCGCUGACCGCGGGGCCUCCCUGGGCCCCCCACCCUACCUGCGGACCGAGUUCCACCAGCACCAGCACCAGCACCAGCACACGCACCAGCACACGCACCAGCACACGUUCACGCCCUUCCCCCACGCCCUGCCGCCCACCGCCAUCAUGCCGACGCCAGCACCGCCCAUGUUUGACAAAUACCCAACAAAAGUUGACCCAUUCUACCGGCACAGUCUCUUCCAUUCUUAUCCUCCUGCUGUAUCGGGCAUCCCCCCUAUGAUUCCGCCCACUGGCCCUUUUGGUUCACUGCAAGGAGCAUUUCAGCCGAAGACGUCCAACCCAAUCGAUGUUGCUGCCCGACCUGGGACGGUCCCACACACUCUCCUCCAGAAGGACCCGAGGUUGACAGAUCCUUUCAGACCUAUGUUAAGGAAACCAGGGAAGUGGUGUGCUAUGCAUGUUCAUAUUGCCUGGCAGAUCUACCACCACCAACAGAAAGUCAAGAAACAGAUGCAGUCAGACCCACACAAGCUGGACUUUGGCCUGAAGCCCGAGUUCCUGAGCCGUCCUCCGGGUCCCAGCCUCUUUGGAGCCAUCCACCACCCCCACGACCUGGCACGUCCUUCAACUUUGUUCUCUGCCGCUGGUGCUGCACACCCAACCGGGACCCCUUUUGGGCCACCUCCUCAUCACAGCAACUUCCUUAACCCUGCUGCUCACCUCGAGCCUUUUAAUCGGCCAUCUACCUUCACUGGCCUGGCAGCAGUUGGUGGCAAUGCCUUCGGGGGACUUGGAAAUCCUUCAGUUACACCCAACUCAGUGUUCGGCCACAAGGAUGGCCCCAGUGUGCAGAACUUUAGCAAUCCUCACGAGCCCUGGAACCGGCUGCACCGAACGCCUCCGUCGUUCCCGACCCCUCCGCCCUGGCUGAAGCCAGGGGAGCUGGAGCGUAGCGCGUCCGCUGCAGCUCAUGACAGAGAUAGAGAUGUAGAUAAACGAGACUCAUCCGUUAGUAAAGAUGACAAAGAAAGGGAAAGCGUCGAGAAGAGACACUCCAGCCACCCUUCACCAGCACCCGUCCUCCCGGGGAGCACCCUGGGGCACGGCCGCAGCUCCACCGAACAGAUCAGGGGUCAUUUGAGCACCGAGGCUCGUGAGAAAGACAAAUCCAAAGACAGGGAGAGAGAGCACUCGGAGUCCCGCAAGGACCUGGGCGCCGACGAGCACAAGGCGAAGGAGGGCCCCCUGCCCGAGAAGGACGGCCACGGCCAUGGCCACGAGGGCCGCGGCGCGGGCGAGGAAGCCAAGCAGCUGGCCCGGGUGCCGUCGCCCUACGCGCGGGUGCCCGCCAGCGACAGCGCCAGGCCGGGCAGCGCCGCCAGCCGCGAGGCCGAGCCGCGCAAGGGCGAGCCGGCCUACGAGAACCCCAAGAAGAGCGCCGAGGUCAAGGUGAAGGAGGAGCGCAAGGAAGACCACGACCUGCCCACCGAGGCCCCGCAGACCCACCGGUCCUCGGAGCCGCCGCCGCCGCCGCCCAGCUCCUCGGCCAGCGUGCACCCGGGGCCCUUGGCCUCCAUGCCCAUGACCGUGGGGGUGACGGGCAUCCACCCCAUGAACAGCAUCAGCAGCCUGGACAGGACUCGCAUGAUGACGCCUUUCAUGGGCAUCAGCCCCAUCCCGGGCGGAGAGCGCUUCCCGUAUCCUCCUUUCCACUGGGACCCCAUCCGGGACCCGCUGAGGGAUCCCUACCGGGAACUUGACAUUCACCGGAGAGACCCGCUGGGCAGGGACUUCCUGCUGAGGAGCGACCCCCUGCACCGCCUCUCGGCCCCCCGGCUGUACGAAGCCGACCGCUCCUUCAGGGACCGGGAGCCCCACGACUACCACCACCACCACCACCACCACCCGCUGUCGGUGGACGCGCGGCGGGAGCACGAGCGCGGGGCGCACCUGGACGAGCGGGAGCGCCUGCACAUGCUGCGCGAGGACUUCGAGCACCCGCGGCUCCACCCCGUGCACCCCGCCUCCCUGGACGGACACCUGCCCCACCCCGGCCUCAUCGCGCCCGGCCUGCCCAGCAUGCACUACCCGCGCAUCAGCCCCACCGCGGGCCACCAGAACGGACUGCUCAACAAGACGCCCCCGACGGCGGCGCUCAGCGCGCCUCCCCCGCUCAUCUCCACGCUGGGGGGCCGCCCCGUGUCCCCCCGGAGGACUACCCCUCUGUCCGCGGAGAUCAGGGAGCGGCCGCCCUCCCACACGCUGAAGGACAUCGAAGCCCGGUAAGGAGAGGACAGGACGGGACGCGAAGAGGAGGAAGAGAGCCCGCGGCCGCAGGCGCCAGACUCGAGAGAGCGCGCGGAGAGAAGUCCUGCGUCUCGACCGACGCAGACGGGGCGGGGGGAGCCCCCAGCACUUCCCCUUGUAAAAAAUGUAUAGACUCAGUGCAGAUUUUGAAAUGUUUUUGUAUAUUCUAUGUUGAAAUUUUUCAGAUCUUUUAGCCGAUUCGUAUGUUCUCAUGUCUCCCCACUCUUUUGGUUUCUCGUAUAAAACUUUUUGAUUCGAACCAAAACAGUGAAGAUGACAACACACACCAACGUGGUGAUGAUGGGGGGGGGGCGGGGGGGCGGAGACAAGAGUCCACACUGCGUCGUGCAGAGGUCUUUCAGAUGAGAAGGGAAGGCUGUGUACAUAGUUAUGUAAAAAAACAAAAAGAUUGCUUCAUGAGCUAAUGGUUCAUAUAUGCAAAGGGUAAGAUGAAAGCUUUACUUUGUACAGGUGUAAAUAGAUAAAGAUUAAGUAACAUAAUACAUUAAUACUUCUUAAAACGUGCUAUUUGCAGACUUAAUAUCAGUGAGCACAGUCAGCUUCGGCUGUGUUCCCAUGUAUUGUUCUAGACAGCUAAACCCUUCAACUAUGCAAUGAAUGUUAGGGCUUUUCACAAAAGCCCGCCUAACUCAAAGGAGCCUUUUCAAGUCCAUUUACAACAUACUUAAGGUCAUAUUUUCCCUGAACAAGCGCUUACGUGAUAUGACUCUGUUUUCCUUGCUUGUUAUUUCAAAUGGAGAAACACCCGAUUUUGCAAAUUGGACCCCAGGCUGAAACUUUGUGUCUGAAGUUGCUGCUUGUGGGCCUUUGGGGGAAGUGGGGAGUGCAGCCCCAGAAAGGUAACCGAGGCCGUGAACAAUCAGUGCCAGGGAGGAUGGGAGUUGUCAGAUGCCAAAAUCAGGGGACACAAACAGGCCGCCAGCAUCUCGUCACCAUCAGUUACGUGAUUUCACACACCCCUCAUGUGGGAACCAUGUGUUUUUUUAGUGUGUCCUGUUUCCUAUCUGUACACACCUCCUCGUUCUGUAAUGAGAUUCAGUUACAGCCAAACAGAUCCUGAAAGAAAGCUUCGAGUUUUCUCAGAUGAUGGAUAUGUUUUCACUGUAUUCAAUAACUGAUGAAGUUAAGGUGCAUAUUUCCUAGCGUGGCUCGCCGUGUUCCCGUCGGUAAUCAAGUCCGGGAGUAGCUGAAACAGGUCAACCUUGUGGGGCCGGGGAGCAUUCCAGAGGGUGAAAGGUGGCGGAGAGACGGUCUUGUGUGUGCGUGUGUUUUUGAGUUUGCAUCAAUCUGUCUCUUCAUGAUACUUUUAUAAUACAUUCAGCCUCUUGUCUACAUAUUUGGAGAGAAUAUGACUUUACUAGCAAAGAAAUACAAUAUAUCUUGUCUACUGGACUGUAAAAUAUAUGUAUGAAAUAAAAUUAGUUCCAUUUGGUCUUCUAGUAUAUUAAAGUGCUAUCUGACGUUGUUAUCCUGUUUUUGCAAAAAAAAAGUUAACUACAGACCAUUGUUUCUAAUAAGCAGAGAGAUCUAUUUUAGUAGUCAACUGAAGGUUUAGUUGUGAGCUUCAGAUUUUGUGAAUUCCAGAUGUUGUGCAGUGUUUUUUUUUUUUUUUUUAAGACAACAACUAAAAAGGAAAAAAAAAAUCCAAGGAAUAUGUACACUGGAACCGUAGUGGUAGCUUUCAGUAUUGUAAAGAGAUCGUUCUAUACAGACCUUUUUGCUGUUCCUCCUUGUAUGUAAUAAAGUCCUUUCUAGAUCCUAUGUGAAAAGAAACGUGAAGCGACUGAGUCUCCAGCAUGUUCUCAUCGGCGGAGCCUUCUUGUGUUAUGUAAACUGUGCCAUGUUAUUAAAAAAUGUGAACUAA